CUCGAGCAUUAACAAGCAAACAUUUCUAGAGCUGUAAGAGCCAGCAUCUGAGGAUAAAAAUGUCCCUGAAGGCGGUGCGACAGCCGCUGGAGGGCAGCGGAGGCGGCGUGGCCCGUCCUGUCCUCGCCACGAGGCCGCAGCAGACGCCAGUGUCCGGGAAGGUUUUCAUUCGGCGAGACUACAGCAGUGGCAUCCGCUGCCAGUUCCAGACCAAGUUCCCCGCGGAGCUGGAGAACCGGAUUGACAGGCAACAAUUUGAAGAAACAGUUCGAACUCUAAAUAACCUUUAUGCUGAAGCAGAGAAGCUCGGGGGCCAGUCCUAUCUUGAAGGCCGCCUGGCUUGUCUAACAGCGUACGCCAACUUCCUGUGCAUGGAAACUCACUACGAGAAGGUUCUGAAGAAAGUCUCCAAAUACAUUCAAGGGCAGAACGAGAAGAUCUAUGCUCCCCAAGGCCUCCUCCUGACAGAUCCCAUCGAGAGAGGACUCCGAGUUAUUGAAAUUACUAUUUAUGAAGACAGAGGCAUGAGCAGUGGAAGAUAAACCGUAGAAUUAAAGGCCCACCUCCAGCUGGGACCCUCAUCUGUGCACCGGCCGACCGCAGGGUGUCCCCCACCUCCUCUCCAGAGCAUCAUUCCUUUGAAUCUGCUGUCAGAGCCACGGUGCCCUUCGCUCCAAGGACUGACUUUCUAGAAUUCCACACCUGGAGUGACCGCUAGUCGCUCAGCAUCCACUUUGUGUCUCCAAAUGGUGGAGGACUCUGUAAUCUUUGGAUUCGUUUUUGAGAAAACGCAGUGAAGCAUUUCACUUUUUUAAUUCAAAGCCAUGAAUAAAAUAUGCAGUUGGUCAGCCCAACACAGUUUAUUUCUUACCUGCCAGCAGUGCCAGUGGCUCUCGUCAUUCCCUGGGCUUCAGCAAGUCGUAAACUAGCCAGUGCUCAGUCUUACUCCCCCAGAUUCAUAAAACGCUUUUCUCCAGGAUUUUGGUGAAGGGUGGGCUGUGUCUGGUUUUGCUAAUGCAUCUCCCAGAUUUCAGAGAAUUACUAGUUUUGCCGUGACUCAAAGCUUAAAGAUCAAGUUCUGCUGUUCAGAUUCUUAAACUGAAGCUCAUUGGAAAAAUAAUGUAUAACGUUACUUGUUUUAUUAUAGCAAUUCCUGAUUAAAGCAGUAUUUAAUGCAA